GACAUACUACAAACAGGAGUGCAUCGUGGGCGGUAAACGUCGAGGGUCUCAGUUGGCGUUGGCACUUCUGGAUUUCGACCUACCUUACGAUGGUUGCCAUAUAUGCCCAUAGGGCUGCCCCUGCUCCUGCCCGAGCUGAGUCCCCCGGCCAGCAGAGUCCCGUCCUCCUCGACAUCACUGGGCCAGAUGGAGAGCAGCGCGUCGUCGUCGACCAAGCCCAUGUCGCCCUUCAGGAGGGCGUUCUCGCGGCCGCUGUUACUCAACCAGGACCCGUGUCCGCCGGCGCCCAGCCCCUCGGGCCACGGCUUCCUGCCCGACGUGAUGCCGGCUGACGUGCGCGCCGAGCUGCGCCACGGCCUCGGGCGGCGGUCCGACCUGCACGCCGAGCUGUGCGCCGACAUGGGCCUCUUGAGCGAGACGCUGUCGCGGCGGGCCUCGAGGGAGCGACUCAUCCGCCGCCAGCUGCUGGGCCAGAGGAUCGACAGGAACCGUUCUCUGCAGGAGGUGGCCAGCCUAGACGACUCCAGGGGCGGGCUGCCGACCACCUCGACGUCCAACAUGUCCCUCUCCGCCACCAGGCUGCCCGAAAUCAACACACUCCAUGAUAGUACCUCAGCCAGAAGUUUAUUAGCCAAGAAACCUUCGUCCGAGUCCCAAGAUGCGAGGGUUGCCAAAGACGACCAACAGACACAUAACAGCAGCUACGACGGUGGUGACGAUGGAAACGACGAAGUUCAG